CUAUAUCUUAAAGGGUGUUUAAACACAGAAUGAAGAGGAUAACACUACGUGCAACACUAGAAAAGUUCGCACGGUGGCGCUGCAGACUAACAAUUUGUAUAACACGGGCCUCCCAGGAUGCUCAGGACACCAUUCCCGGAAAUCAGAAUGCUGAAUGUUCUCUAAUGAAGAGAGCAAGAGGCAUUUGCCUGAGAUCUAAGAGAAAAGACUGCUGAAAGCAAUUUAGUAAGAUUUAAUUUGAAAUUAUUUCACCAAACCUUGUCUGUGUGGACUGAAACCAACAAGAUUGACAAGCAGCAGCGCCCUCUGGACUGCAUCUGAACAAUGGAGAAUGCUCUAGCAAAAACGCCAGAGAAAAGGCAAGUGGUUUUCCUUACUAUUUUGCUGCUUUUGUGGGAGGCAGGCUGUGAGGCGAUUAGAUAUUCCAUGCCAGAAGAAACAGACAGUGGCUACUUGGUGGCUAACCUGGCAAAAGAUCUGGGGCUCAAUGUGGGGGAACUGGCCACCAGAGGGGCGCAAAUCCAACACAAUGGGAACAAAGAGCUCUUGCAGCUGGAUGCUGAGACCGGGAAUUUGCUCCUGAGGGAAAAACCAGAUCGUGAGGAGCUGUGUGGGGUGACAGACCCCUGUGUGCUGCACUUCCAGCUCAUUCUGGAAAACCCUGUGCAGUUCUUCCAAACUGACCUACAGCUCACAGACAUAAAUGACCAUGCUCCAGAGUUCCCUCACAGGGAAAUGCUCCUAAAAAUUCAAGAAAGCGUCCAGCCAGGGACUGUGUUUCCUCUGAACGCAGCUCAAGACUCUGACAUAGGGAGCAAUGCUGUCCAGAACUACACAGUCAGCCCCAGCCUCCAUUUCCAUGUGGUUACUCACAGUCGUGCUGAUGGCAGGAGAUACCCAGAGCUGGUGCUCGACAGAGCCCUGGACAGAGAGGAGCAGCCUGAGCUCACUUUAACCCUCAUUGCUGUGGAUGGUGGGUCUCCACCCAAGUCUGGGACCACCACAGUUCGCAUUGAAGUCGUGGACAUCAAUGAUAAUGCCCCCCAGUUUGUACAGUCGCUCUAUGAGGUUCAGGUCCCUGAGAACAGCCCCGUUGAUGCUGUAGUUUUGACGGUCUGUGCCAGGGAUUUAGAUGCUGGGAUAAAUGGGAAUGUAGCCUACUCUCUGUUUCAAGGCGGUGGAGUCCCUCACCCAUUUGUAAUAGAUGAAGUUACAGGAGAAAUUCAUCUUAAAAGGAUAUUGGACUUUGAGGCAACUCCAUAUUAUAACAUGGAAAUUGUAGCCACAGACAGGGGAGGUCUUUCAGGAAAAUGUACUGUAGCUAUACACGUGGUGGAUGUGAAUGACAACGCCCCUAAACUCACCAUAUCCUCACUCACUACUUCAAUCCCAGAAAAUGCUCCUGAAGCUGUAGUUGCUGUUUUCCGUGUUUCUGACCCAGAUUCUGGGGACAAUGGAAGGAUGAUGUGUUCUAUUCAGAAUGAUCUUCCGUUUCUUUUAAAACCCACAUUCAAAAACUAUUACACUUUAGUGGCAGAGGGGCCACUAGACAGAGAGAGCAGAGCUGAGUACAACAUCACCAUCACAGUCACUGACAUGGGCACACCCAGGCUCACAACCCAGCACACCAUAACAGUGCAGGUGUCAGAUGUCAACGACAACACCCCUACCUUCACCCAAACCUCCUACACCCUGUUUGUCCAGGAGAACAACAGCCCCGCCCUGCACAUAGGCACCAUCAGCGCCACAGACUCAGACUCAGGCUCCAAUGCCCACAUCACCUACUCGCUCCUGCCCACCCAAGACCCGCAGCUGGCCCUCGACUCUCUCAUCUCCAUCAAUGCCGACAAUGGGCAGCUGUUCGCGCUCAGGGCGCUGGACUAUGAGGCCCUGCAGACCUUCGAGUUCCAUGUGGGCGCCACAGACCAAGGCUCUCCUGCACUCAGCAGCCAGGCGCUGGUGCAAGUGCUGGUGCUGGACGCCAACGACAAUGACCCCUUCGUGCUCUACCCGCUGCAGAACUCCUCUGCACCCUGCACAGAGCUGCUGCCCAGGGCGGCAGAGCCAGGAUACCUGGUCACCAAGGUGGUGGCAGUGGACCGCGACUCUGGACAGAAUGCCUGGCUGUCCUUCCAGCUGCUCAAGGCCACGGAGCCCGGGCUGUUCAGCGUGUGGGCUCACAAUGGCGAGGUGCGCACCUCCAGGCUGCUGAGUGAGCGCGAGGCUCCCAAGCACAGGCUGCUGCUGCUGGUCAAGGACAAUGGUGAUCCUCCAAGGUCUGCUAGUGUCACUCUGCAUGUGCUGCUGGUGGAUGGCUUCUCUCAGCCCUACCUGCCUUUGCCAGAGGUGGCGCGCGAUCCUGUGCAUGAGGAGGACGCGCUCACACUGUACCUGGUCAUUGCCUUGGCUUCUGUGUCUUCCAUCUUUCUCUUGUCUGUGCUGCUCUUCGUAGGGCUGAGGCUGUGCAGGAGAGCCAGGGCGGCCUCUCUGGGUGGCUGCUCUGUGCCUGAGGGACACUUUCCUGGUCACCUGGUGGAUGUCAGCGGUGCAGGGACCCUGUCCCAGAGCUACCAGUAUGAGGUGUGUCUGAGUGGAGACUCUGGGAACACAGAUUUCAAAUUCUUCAAUCCCAUUAUUCCCAGUAGUGUGUUUCAGGACGCCUAGGUAAAUUUCAGUGUCCAAGAGACCUAGGUUCCAAGAGACCUAGGUUUCGUUAAAUGAAUCAGAAUUAGUUGCUUGGCUAUUAAUAUAUUUGUUUUGCAUUUAAUAAUGUUUCCUUGGAACAGUGUAUUUUACGGUGAUUUUAUUCGCUGUUUUUUAUUGGUGUGUUUUUUCUCUUUUGGAUCUGUGCUUCCUGUUUUAUCAACACAAUCAUAAUGCAUCUUUUUUUCACUAAUUUGUAUGGUAUACCACCUUUUUGUGUUUCUCUGGUCGUUUCAAAUAGUGUGCUUACUCAUUUCUUCCACUUCAUUAUAACCGGUUCUUCAACACCCACUUCAGAUGCACGGAACUUGCUCUGUCGUUUUCACUUUCACUGCAGCUUGUUAACUGUACGAUGCACAGCGUUCACUGUGACAAUUUCGGAGAUGCGCAUACCAUGCCUGGAUAGCCUUCACCUCCUUAUAACGUUCUUUAAUCCUGUUGUCUUUCUCCCCACCACACUCUUCAAUGCCCCAUUUUGCUUUCAUGUACUUCUUGUCUUUUAGAGGGUGACUAUCUAGCUUAAAUGAUCUCCAGUUCCAUUUCCUUCAGAAUGACAAUUUUAUUCUUGAUGCCUGAAUAAAGUAAUUCCAUCGUGCAUGUAUGUGUUUUCCUCACCGACAUCUCUGUUAUCAUGAUAACACACCUUUGUGUACAGCUAAUGAAGUGUGAGCAUAAGAUACAAUCAUCUGUCAUAGUUUUAUAUGGUUUGUUCAAAAAUGGAAGUAGUGUGUUGUUUUAUUUAUCAUCUUUACUGACAACCACAUUUAGUAUUUCAAGACUUCAUUUGCUUUUAUACAGGCCAAAAUUGCUUCUAAAAUGUACCAGAAAUAACUUUGCUUGACCUAAGCCAUUGCAAGUGACGGAAUGUGCUUUCACUUUGUAUGAAAAAACAUUUAGUGAGGGAUGUGUUUGAAUGAUGAGUUGAUUUAUAAAUGCUGGAAGUAAAUGUGGGCACAUUAAACUUUCAACAAAAUAUGCAUAUGAA